GUUAUCCAGAUAGAAAAAAAUGACUUUAUUAAUGACAAUGCCUCAUACCUUUAAUAUGUGAUACUCUGUCAAUGUUAUUAUUAUUAAGUUAUUCAAAUAUUAACACCAUUUAAUUUAGUUUUGGGUGCUAUGUAAAGUUCUCACGAGACGUACAUUUUCUUAGUGACAGCAGGUGAUCUUGGAGGGAAAAAAGAAAACUGUUGUUUUAUAAGACAAUACUACGACAUUGCUUUCAUUGAAUAUAAUACGUUUCGUGUGGUAUGUGAAACUCUGGCGAGACUUCAGGUAGCACUGUGAUAACUACCGAUCAUUUCCGAAUAGCGAAGACGACAAGGCAAAAUGGCGACCUACAUGAGGAGUAAGAGCUGCCUCUUCUCCUUGAAACGGGCUGUUUUUCUGUCGCGGGGAAACUUCUUCAGCGUGGAAACUAAACGAUACGCGCGUGGACUGAGAAGGAGGCCGGUCAAGGUGAUAUUUUCCGAAAACGAGAGGAAUAAAGAAGACGUAAAGCUGUCAGUUGUGAGGGAGAAGAAGGAGGUAGAAGUUCCAUUGAGAGCACAGAAGCACCCUGCGGGAGACAUAAGUGAUUUGAAGACCAGUAAUGGCGAGUUAUCAUCGACAAAAAGGGCUCAUGUGGAUGUUAAAAGCGAUCUAAUUGAUGGGGUGCGCUUCGAGAGGGCUUCACCUGGGGAUAAGAGACUGGCGAGGUUGGUGAGCGUUGCCCGUUCCAGAACGUUCCGCGAGCAGCAGGGCAAGGUCCUGCUGGAGGGUCGUCGUCUGAUCUGCGACGCCUUGAACGCAGGCGCCGUCCCCCAAACCGUCUUCUUCAGCACCCCUGAGCGCUUGCGGGAGCUUCCUUUGGACAAGCUGAGGAGGGCGGUGCUGGUGAAAGUUAAGUUUGAAGACAUCAAACUGUGGUCUGACCUGGUGGCCCCACAAGGAGUUAUAGGUAUAUUUUCUCGCCCCAACGCCUCUCGACUGAACUUCGCUGCAAGCAAACACUCUGUGCCUCUGUCACUCAUAUGCGACAACAUCAGAGAUCCAGGCAACCUAGGCACCAUGCUGAGAUCUGCUGCCGCCGCCGGCUGCCACCAAGUGUUGCUCACAAAAGGCUGCGUAGACAUUUGGGAGCCCAAAGUUCUGCGAGCAGCGAUGGGUGCCCAGUUCCACCUUCCCAUUCAUCCUAGUUUGAAGUGGGAGGAGGUGGAGAGUCAUCUCCCCGAGCACGUCGCCGUCCACGUGGCCGACAGGCAACAAAACCAAGAAGAUAACGCCUCCCACAAACCCAGCGAUUUCGGCUGGAUCAGCUCGACCUCCGCUCGCCGGGAUGCCGGCUUCGAGGACUACGACUCGGACGAUGAGCUAUGCCUGCCCACAGUGGACGCUGCGGCGUACUACGACGACUGGGCGCGGAAUCCGGUCGCCUUGGUAGUCGGCGGAGAGACGCACGGGCUGAGCGUGGAAGCGCUCCAACUGGCGGAAAAAAGGGCAGGACGCAGGCUCUUUGUUCCCAUGGUUCCUGAAAUGGACAGCUUAAACUCUGCCAUGGCGGCCAGCAUCCUGUUGUUUGAGGGCAGGAAGCAACUGUUGAGAGCAACGCAGAGCUCUGAAAGGAAGUGGGCGUCCAAUGCUGGACGGCAUGUUUCAGAAUGUUAGACAUUGUCCUCUAUACUGCAUUUCAAAAUUAAAUGUCUCUUAACUCAAACACUUUUCUCAAUAAUUAUUUUGCGUUAAAAGACAAAAAUUCUUUGUCUAGGCCUUUUGAACAGUGUUUGAGCCCGUUUGAAAGCUAAAGUCCGGUAUGUCAUUCAUGCAAUCGUUUCUUUGACCAGUUAAUUAUGAUAACUGCCACCUUACACAUUAGAAAAAAACAGAAUGACUCGAAAUGUAGAAAGUCAAUGUCCAAGGCACAGUAAUUGAAGCACGGGCACAUGCACGUGUCUUAAAUAAAUGCGAUUGCCCCUCUUACCAGUUAUCCAUGAUAACGGCCACCUUGUCAAAUAGAAAUAAUCCACAUCCAUCCAUCCAUUUUCCACACUGCUCACUCACAAGGGUUGUGGGCGUGCUGGAGUUUAUCCCAGCUAUCUUCGGGUGAGAGACGGGGUACAUCCUGAAUUGGUUCCCAGCCAAUCGCAGGGCACAAAACAACCAUUCACACUGACACCUACGGGCAAUUUAGAGUCUUCAAUCAACCCAACACAUAUUUUUGGGAUGUGGGAGGAAACCAGAGUACCCGGGGGAAACCCACGCAGGCACGGGGAGAACAUGCAAACUCCACACAGGCGAGGCCAGCAUUUGAACCCCAGUCCUCAGAACUAUGAGGCUGAUGUGCUAACCAGUUGGCCUCAACAAUAAACCAUUCAUUCAUUCAUCUUCCGUUUCGCUUAUCCUCACUAGGGUCACAGGCGUGCUGGAGGCUAUCUCCGGGCGAGUGGCGGGGUACACCCUGAACUGGUCGCCAGCCAAUUGCAGGGCACAUAUAAAAAAACAACCAUUCGCACUCACAGUCAAAUAAAAUCAUGCCGUGUUUAGUCACAAUGCGAUCACUUCUCUCACCCUUAAUCAUGAUAACCUCAAUCAAAUACAGUGAUGCCUUGAGAUAAGAGUUUAAUUCGUUCUAUGACAACACAUAUCUCAAAUCACCUUUCCCUAUUGAAAUGAAUGGGAAUGCCAAUCCACUCCGCAUGCCCCUGAAAAAAAUGUUUGCAAUGUUUUUUUUAAAAAGGAAAAUAGUACAAAAAUAUGCUUCAUAAAAUGAGUAAUGACAUAAUUAAAGAGAUUGUAAAGAAUUAAACAGUUCGUGCACCAUUCUGUUCCAAUUCAAUGUAUUGUGCUGCUCCUAGUGUGCCUGCCUUGGUCACCUGAGGGCAGUGUAAUACAAUCAUACAAACAAAGAGCCACCACUACAUGUCUCCGUAAGCUGCAAUAAUAUAAGUCAUUUUUCAUAUCAGAUACAUAUGCCUGUGAGUAUUGUGAGAUUUUCUGUCUACAUGUGUUGUGCUGCCGUUUGUGUUCAACAAAUCCAUUGCUCAAAGGGGUCUAACCCCGUGACAAUCAAUUUUAAUUAGACUGUAAAUAGCUUUUCCCCUUGUAUGUUAGCAUUAAGCUAGAGGGGGCAUUCCUUAGGCAAAGUUGUUUUGUUUGAAUUCCGAAACGUAACCAUUUUAUGUUUACUUUGACAAUAAACUUCAACUGGGAGUGGCAUUAAACCGUGUGAAGCCUCUUUUU